AUGAUCGUUCGUGUUCGUUCAAAAGAUGGCAACUUCCGCUUCGAGCUGCAGCCCACCGAUGACGCAUCACAGCUCAUUGCAAAGGUGCUGGAGACCAUGCCGAAUGCAGAUUCGGACUCUCUCAAUUUUUCAAACCAGCCAAGAGGCGGAGAAUUCGCAGCUAGCACGCUCAAAGGUAGCACACUCGCCGAGCUUGGCAUCGCUCACGGUCACCUUCUCUUUGCCUCCUACAAAGAGCGCCCCUCCACUGCGGCUGAUAGCAACAGCUCUGAUACAGCUCCUCCUCCUUCUACAUCGACGCUAGAAUCAUCCUCAUCCGCAACUGCCUCCUCAUCGCAACAUCAACCCUCGCCAUUACCGGCCCGUCCAAAGAAGCCCUGGGAGGCCGUCGAGGAGCACACCGUAGACACAUACUGGCAGGCGCAGCAAGGCAAGAUCACCCGCAAAAAGGAUUCGCAAUUCUGUCGCCAUGGUCCCAAGGGCAUGUGUGACUACUGUAUGCCUCUCGAACCAUACGAUUCCAAGUACCAAACUGAAAACAACAUCAAGCAUCUCUCCUUCCACGCUUACUUGCGCAAGCAAGACAUUGCCACCAACAAGCCCAGCCAAUCCUUCAUUCCGCCACUCGAAGAGGUCGACUAUAGCGUCAAGAAACCGUGUCCUUCCGCAAGCCACCUCAGCUGGCCUGCAGGUAUCUGCACCAAGUGCCAACCUUCUGCCAUCACCCUUCAGCGCCAACCGUACCGUAUGGUGGAUCACGUCGAGUUCGCGCAUCCCGACCUCAUCGAAAACAUCCUCUCUUUCUGGAGAAGUACCGCAACGCAGCGAUUUGGUUUUCUUCUUGGACGCUAUGAAGCCUAUCACGACGUGCCUAUGGGUAUCAAAGCCGUUGUUGAAGCUAUUCACGAACCUCCACAAGAAGGUGAGCUCGACGGACUCACUCUCGGUGUGCCAUGGGAAGAGCAACCGCGCGUCGAGAAGCUCGCCAAGCUUUGCGGGCUUGAAUUUGUCGGCAUGAUCUAUUCGGACCUGAGCCCUGCCGACCCCACCCACCAGGACCCUUCGUUGGCCGGCAAGGUCGUCUGCAAACGGCACAAGGACAGCUUCUUCCUCUCUGGUAUCGAGACAAUCUUUGCCGCUCAGCUUCAGCUCGGUAAUCCCAACCCGUCUCGCUUCAGCUCUACCGGUCGUUUCAACUCCAAGUUCGUGACGUGCAUCCUUAGCGGUACAGAGGAGGGCGCGAUCGACGUGUCAGCGUAUCAGAUCAGCGAGCAAGGCAUGGGCAUGGUUCAGGCAGAUAUGAUCGAGGCCAGCGUCAAUCCCAAUAUCAUCCGUGUCAAACCUAGCGAAGGAGAGCGUUAUGUCCCCGAGGUCUUUUAUCGCUAUACAAACGAGUACAAGAUCGACGUCAAAGAGAGCGCUAAACCCACCUUUCCAGUGGAGUAUCUCAUCGUCAACGCUACCCACGGAUUCCCCAACGCACCCAACCCGACGUUCCUCAGCUCCAAGUUCCCCAUCGAGAAUCGACCCGGUCUUCACGAUCAGGAUCUCACUGUCGCCUUGACCAACAUCGGCAAGAUUGUCGGCCAAAAAGAGCUGUUCCCCAUCGGCGAUGGCAUCGAGAGCACCAAGGGCAAGUCGCGAGCCGACGACGAUCAGGUACGCGACAAGCUUGUUGGUGUGCUCAGUGACUGGCAUCUGCUCGCCUUCCUCGACACGAGCGGCUUCCUUGACCAGGACGACAUGGCUGCUCUCUGUCGUCUUGCCACCACCCAUGACUCGGGGGCCUCGCUCGAUGCGCUCCUCCUUCGACCUGGCUGGCAGACGCUCAUGGCUCUCGCCCGUGAACAUGCGCCGCACUCAGCAAGCGGGACCAAAGCGAGUGACCCACCCAAGGAUCAAUUCAUAUACGACGGUGGGGUGGAUUCAGAUGACGACGUUGGAUUCGAUGAUGCCAAUGAGGACUUUUAUGACGAUGGCCAGGAUGAUGAUGACGACGACGACGAAGUGCAGAUUUCGCACGUCCGUCGUGCCUCUGCAAGGAACGACUUUAGUGAUACCGAUGCCGCCACAGCUGCAGCAAUUGCAGCUGCAUCAGCCGACGAUGCGCCCGCCGGCGUCAAGGUCUGCUCCCACUGCACUUAUCACAACGAGCCGAGUGCAUCAGACUGUGAGAUCUGCGGUCUGCCCCUGUAA